AUGGGCCGCCCUGCCGCCGCUGCCACCGCGCUGCUGUGCCAGCUGGGGCUCUCCGCAGCCAUCCAGUGGCUCGGGCUGGCGGGCAGCGGGGUGGCCUGGAACGAGAGCCAGCACUGCCGGCUGCUGGUGCCCGAGCAGCUGCAGCUGUGCCGCCGGCACCUGGAGGCGAUGCCCAGCAUCGUGCGGGCCGCCCGCCGGACGCAGCAGCUGUGCCAGCAGAGCUUUGCGGACAUGCGCUGGAACUGCUCCUCCAUCCAGCGUGCCCCCAGCUUCGGCCCCGACCUGCUCACAGGAACUCGGGAAGCCGCCUUCGUGCACGCCCUGGCAGCGGCGGCCGUGGCGCAGAGCAUCGCCCGCUCCUGCGCCUCCGGGGAGCUCCCGCGCUGCUCCUGCGGCCCCGCGCCCGCCGAGCCCCCCGCGCCCGGCUCCCGCUGGGGCGGCUGCGGCGACAACCUGAGCCACGGGCUGCAGCUCGGGGCCGCCUUCACCGACGGCUCCGCCAGAGCCGGCACCGCUGCCGCGCCCGGGCUCCGGGCCGUGAACCGGCACAACGGAGCCGUGGGACGGGCGGUGCUCAGUGACUCCCUGGAUACCAGGUGUAAAUGCCACGGGAUUUCAGGCUCCUGCUCAGUGAAGACCUGCUGGAAAGGGCUGCCAGACCUGGGUGAAAUUGCCUCUGACCUCAAAUCCAGGUACCUGGCAGCCCUCAAGGUGACCCAUCGGCUCGUGGGGCCCAGGAAGCAGCUGAUCCCCAAGGAAGGGGAUGCCAGGCCAGUGACAGAGAUGGAUCUGGUUUAUCUCAUCAGCUCUCCUGACUACUGCACCCCAAACCCCCAGCUGGGUUCUCUGGGGACACAGGACAGGCCAUGUAACAGGAGCUCAGUGGGCAGUGACAGCUGUGACCUGCUGUGCUGUGGCCGUGGCUACAACACCUACACGGAGGAGGUGCAGGAGCGCUGCCACUGCCGCUACCGCUGGUGCUGCUCCGUGGUGUGCCGGCGCUGCCGCCGCAGCCUGGAGAGACAUGUCUGCAAGUGA